AUGGGGACCAGGAUAGUCCAGUCCACAUUCCUGCUGUUCCUGACGCUGGCGCUGGCAUCGGCCUAUCAGAUUGGUAAUGCGUCCCACAUCGGCCGGGUCUGCACCACCUGGGGUCACUACCACUGGAAGACCUUCGACGGACUCUUCUACCAACUGCCCUCCACCUGUAACCACGUGUUGGCGUCGCAGUGUCAGGGCAGCUAUGAGAACUUCAACAUCCAAAUGAGACGCAAGGAGACGGACGGCGUCCCCACCAUCGAAUCCAUCACCAUGAAACUGGACGGAUCUGUGGUGGAACUGUCUGACGGCAUGGUCGUCAUCAACGGAAAGACUGUGACUCUGCCGGUGGUCAUCAACGGGGUGACGGUCAAAGGGACGAUGUCAAGUAUCACCGUCGACGCCAAACUUGGCAUCAGAGCGAUCUGGAACCUGGAUGACUCCCUGGAUAUUGAAAUCGACAACAAAUAUCAGAGUCAGAUUUGUGGACUCUGUGGAAACUUCGACGGUGAAUCCAAUGACAUCGUGAAAGACGGAGUUUCAUUGUCAGCGACAGAAUUUGGUGAAAUCUACAAGGUGAACGGUCCGACAGAGGAAUGUGAGGAACCGGAGGUCAGCCCUGUGGUCAGCUGUGGAGAUCAGGCGUUCUGCCAGGACGUCUUCUCCAGCGCUCCAUUUAGCAGCUGUCAGAACCUCCUGGACGUGGACGCCUUCAGCAGAACCUGUAUGACCGACAUGUGCAACUCCAAAAACAACACCAACUCCUUCCUCUGCAAAACCAUCUCAGAGUUCUCCAGACAAUGUGUCCACGCAGGCGGCGUUCCACAGAAGUGGAGGAACGCCACCUUCUGCUAUAAACAGUGUCCGUCCAACAUGGAGUUCCAGGAGUGCACCAGCUCGUGUCCGGACAGCUGUUCCAACCCUCAGGCCAGUCACACCUGUGAUGACCACUGUCUGGACCGCUGCAGCUGCCCCGCCGGUUCGGUCUUCGAUGACAUCGGCCACAGCGGCUGUGUGACAGUGGAUCAGUGUCCAUGUGUCCACAACAGUAAGGUGUACCAGUCUGGGGAGGGGUACUCCUACAACUGCAGAUCCUGUGUCUGUGACGGUGGACAGUGGAGGUGUACAGAACAGAACUGUCCAGGAACCUGCUCGGUGGAGGGCGGAGCCCACGUCAACACAUUUGACGGGAAAGUCUACACCUUCCAUGGAGACUGUUCCUAUGUACUGGCCAAGCAAAGUAAUGGUUCUGCGUACACAGUUCUGGUGGACCUGGUCAAGUGUGGUCUAUCUGAGAGCCGGACCUGCCUCAGAGCUGUGACUGUGGCUCUGUACAGCAACUCAGUGGUCGUUAAAGUCCAGUCCUCAGGACAGAUCUACGUCAACCAGAUCCUCUCUCAGCUUCCACUUCACACAUCUGACCUGAAGGUCUUCAAACCCUCGUCCUUCUACGUGGUCAUCGGUACCCGGGUGGGGGUCCAGGUGAUGGUUCAGCUUUUACCCAUGAUGCAGGUGUUUAUUUCAGCCAAGAACACACUCAAAGGAACCACAGCUGGUUUAUGUGGAAACUUCAACAGUAUCAUGAGUGAUGACUUCCGGGUCAUGAGUGGUUUGGUGGAGGGAACGGCGGCAGCGUUCGCCAACACAUGGAAAACCAGAGCCAGCUGUCCUGACGUCAGCAGGAGAUUUGAACAUCCAUGUACCCAGGGCAUCAGCAAAGAACGGUAUGCUCAGUACUGGUGUUCCAAACUGUCAGAUCCACAGGGGGUUUUUGCCUCUUGUCACGCCCUCAUUAGUCCCGACCAGUACGAGAAGAACUGCAUCUACGACAGCUGUAACUGCGACAAAAGUGAGGAGUGCAUGUGCACGGCGGUGUCGGCUUACGUUUACGCCUGUUCAGCUGCAGGGGUGGUGAUGCGUGGAUGGAGGACGACCAUCUGUGGUAAAUUCAGUGCGUCGUGUCCAGCAGAAACUGUGUACGACUACAACAUGACCAGCUGCAGUCGGACCUGCCGCUCCCUCAGCCAGGUCGACUACUCCUGUCAGGAGACAUUCCCCGCAGUGGACGGAUGUGGGUGUGCAGACGGAACCUACAUGAACGACGAGGGACAGUGUGUCCCCAGUGCAAACUGUCCCUGUUACGAUAAAGACACCAUAAUACCUGCUGGACAGACGCACAACAAAGAUGGCGUCAACUGUGUCUGCAGACAGGGGGCACUCAUCUGCUCUGGGGGGUCACAAAUACUGGACACACUGACCUGCUCGUCCCCUAUGGUGUACUUUGAAUGCUCCACUGCGCCCCCUGGAGCCACUGGGACUGAAUGUCAGAAGAGCUGCAGUACUUUGGACAUGGCCUGUGUCAGUACUGGCUGUACGUCUGGGUGCAGAUGUCCAGAUAACCUGGUGUCCGACGGGGCCGGAGGCUGCAUCCCUGAGUCCAGAUGUCCAUGUGUCCAUAACGGACAGGUCUACCAACCUGGACAGACUCUGACCGUGGACUGCAACACCUGCUCCUGCAGCGGCAGAACCUUCACCUGCACCACCAACGUAUGUGACGCCGUCUGUGGAAUCUACGGAGACGGACACUAUGUCACAUUUGACGAUAAAAGAUUCGACUUCAACGGACAGUGUGAAUACACACUACUACAGGACUACUGUGAUGCCGGUCAGGGAACCUUCAGAAUUAUUACUGAGAAUAUUCCAUGCGGAACCACAGGAACCACAUGCUCCAGAUCCAUCAAAAUCUUCCUAGGGGAAAAUGAGUUCCAGUUGAAGGACGACAGCUUUCAGGUGGUGAGGGGCACCAACCAGGUGUUACCUUCUCAGGUGCACAAGAUGGGGAUCUACCUGGUGGUGCAGAUCAAAACAGGAGUGGUGCUGAUGUGGGACCAAAAGACCAGCCUUUUUAUUAAACUCAGUCCACAGUUCCAGGGUCAAGUCUGCGGUCUGUGUGGAAACUAUGAUGGUAACAGUAGGAACGACUUCACCACCCGUUCCCAUGAGCAGGUUUCAGACGUGUUAGAGUUCGGAAACAGCUGGAAGAUUUCCCCCAGCUGCCCCAACGCCGAGCUCAUCAGUAACCCCUGCACCUCCAACCCAUACCGGGCAUCCUGGGCCCAGAAACAGUGCAGCAUCAUCACCAGUGUCACCUUCCAGAGCUGCCACUCAAAGGUCGACCCUGGUCCACACUUUGAUAACUGUGUACGAGACUCUUGUGCAUGUGACACCGGUGGGGACUGUGAGUGUCUGUGCACCGCUGUGGCCGCCUAUGCCAAAGCCUGUAACGAAGCCGGAGCCUGUGUCAAAUGGAGGAAACCCAAGCUGUGUCCGAUUUUCUGCGACUACUAUAACUCUCCUGGUGGCUGUGAGUGGCACUACAAGCCCUGUGGAGCUGACUGCAUGAAGACCUGCAGGAAUCCAUCUGGGAACUGCUCCAACCUCAUCACUGCAGUCGAAGGCUGUUACCCACAGUGCCCCCCUGACCAACCAUACUUUGAUGAAGACACCAUGAAAUGUGUUCCCUGGAACCAGUGUGGCUGUUAUGAUGACAAAGGAACCCACUACAAAGUUGGACAAGAAGUUCCAUCAAAAAAUUGUUACAACUGCUCCUGUACAAAUUCUGGAAUCAACUGCAGCUACCAAGUGAACUCUUGUACGUGUUUCAUUAACGGAAGAAUCUACAAAUAUGGAGAACCCAUUUACAACACCACCGAUGGACUAGGAAACUGCAUCUCAGCUGAAUGUGGAGCCAAUGGAACAAUAACAAGAUACAUGUACCCUUGUGUAUCAACAACCACUCCUGGACCAACGACAACACCGUUCAUUUUCACCACUACUGUUAGCACAACUUCAGGUACAACUAAUGUACCAGAACCAAACACAACAACAAAAGAAACCACUACAGCACCACUUAGAACAACGACUGUAGGAGGAACAACAUCAAAGAUAACAACAGUGUUUGAAACUACAACUACAGUACCUGAGGUCACAACAACUCAACAUGUUGAAACAACUACAUUGGAAGAAACAACAGUCCAGAUCUCCACAACAAAACCACCAAAGGUGGUUACCACUGGACCUGUCACAACCUCUACCAGACCUGUGGUCUCAACCACAUCAACCAAAGGACCAACAACACAGGAAACUACAACCAAACAUGUUGAAACAACCACUUUGGAAGAAACAACAGUCCAGGUCUCCACAACAAAACCACCCAAGGUAGUGACCACUGGGCCUGUCACAACCUCUACCACAGCUGUUGUUGAAACUACAACUACAGUACCUGGGGUCACAACAACAAGUGCAGAAACACCUGUUGUAACAUCGAAACCUUCUGUCUCAACCACAUCAACCAAAGGACCAACAACACAGGAAACUACAACCAAACAUGUUGAAACAACCACUUUGGAAGAAACAACAGUCCAGGUCUCCACAACAAAACCACCUAAAGUAGUGACCACUGGGCCUGUCACAACCUCUACCACAGCUUUUGUUGAAACUACAACUGCAGUACCUGGGGUCACAACAACAAGUGCAGAAACACCUGUCAUAACAUCGAAACCUUCUGUCUCAACCACAUCAACCAAAGGACCAACAACACAGGAAACUACAACCAAACAUGUUGAAACAACUACACUGGAAGAAACAACAGUACAGGUCUCCACAACAAAACCACCCAAGGUAGUUACCACUGGGCCUUUCACAACCUCUACCACAGCUGUUGUUGAAACUACAACUACAGUACCUGGGGUCACAACAACAAGUGAAGAAACACCUGUUGUAACAUCGAAACCUUCUGUCUCAACCACAUCAACCAAAGGACCAACAACACAGGAAACUACAACCAAACAUGUUGAAACAACUACACUGGAAGAAACAACAGUCCAGGUCUCCACAACAAAACCACCUAAGGUAGUGACCUCUGGGCCUGUCACCACCUCUACCACAGUUGUUGUUGAAACUACAACUGCAGUACCUGGGGUCACAACAACAAGUGCAGAAACACCUGUUGUAACAUCGAAACCUUCUGUCUCAACCACAUCAACGAAAGGACCAACAACACAGGAAACUACAACCAAACAUGUUGAAACAACCACUUUGGAAAAAACAACAGUCCAGGUCUCCACAACACAACCACCCAAAGUAGUUACCACUGGGCCUGUCACAACCUCUACCACACCUGUGGUGGAAACUACAACUACAGUACCUGGGGUCACAACCACAAGUGCAGAAACACCUGUUGUAACAUCAAAACCUUCUGUCUCAACCACAUCAACCAAAGGACCAACAACACAGGAAACUACAACCAAACAUGUUGAAACAACCACUUUGGAAGAAACAACAGUCCAGGUCUCCACAACAAAACCACCUAAGGUAGUGACCACUGGGCCUGUCACCACCUCUACCACAGUUGUUGUUGAAACUACAACUGCAGUACCUGGGGUCACAACAACAAGUGCAGAAACACCUGUUGUAACAUCGAAACCUUCUGUCUCAACCACAUCAACCAAAGGACCAACAACACAGGAAACUACAACCAAACAUGUUGAAACAACCACUUUGGAAGAAACAACAGUCCAGGUCUCCACAACAAAACCACCUAAAGUAGUGACCACUGGGCCUGUCACCACCUCUACCACAGUUGUUGUUGAAACUACAACUGCAGUACCUGGGGUCACAACAACAAGUGCAGAAACACCUGUUGUAACAUCGAAACCUUCUUUCUCAACCACAUCAACCAAAGGACCAACAACACAGGAAACUACAACCAAACAUGUUGAAACAACAACACUGGAAGAAACAACAGUCCAGGUCUCCACAACAAAACCACCCAAGGUAGUUACCACUGGGCCUGUCACAACCUCUACCACAGUUGUUGUUGAAACUACAACUACAGUACCUGGGGUCACAACAACAAGUGCAGAAACACCUGUUGUAACCUCAAAACCUUCAGUCUCAACCACAUCAACCAAAGGACCAACAACACAGGAAACUACAACCAAACAUGUUGAAACAUCUACACUGGAAGAAACAACAGUCCAGGUCUCCACAACAAAACCACCCAAGGUAGUGACCACUGGGCCUGUCACAACCUCUACCACAGCUGUUGUUGAAACUACAACUACAGUACCUGGGGUCACAACCACAAGUGCAGAAACACCUGUUGUAACAUCGAAACCUUCUGUCUCAACCACAUCAACCAAAGGACCAACAACACAGGAAACUACAACCAAACAUGUUGAAACAACCACUUUGGAAGAAACAACAGUCCAGGUCUCCACAACAAAACCACCUAAGGUAGUGACCACUGGGCCUGUCACCACCUCUACCACAGUUGUUGUUGAAACUACAACUGCAGUACCUGGGGUCACAACAACAAGUGCAGAAACACCUGUUGUAACAUCGAAACCUUCUGUCUCAACCACAUCAACCAAAGGACCAACAACACAGGAAACUACAACCAAACAUGUUGAAACAACUACACUGGAAGAAACAACAGUCCAGGUCUCCACAACAAAACCACCCAAGGUAGUUACCACUGGGCCUGUCACAACCUCUACCACACCUGUGGUGGAAACUACAACUACAGUACCUGGGGUCACAACAACAAGUGCAGAAACACCUGUUGUAACAUCGAAACCUUCUGUCUCAACCACAUCAACCAAAGGACCAACAACACAGGAAACUACAACCAAACAUGUUGAAACAACUACACUGGAAGAAACAACAGUCCAGGUCUCCACAACAAAACCACCAAAGGUAGUUACCACUGGGCCUUUCACAACCUCUACCACAGCUGUUGUUGAAACUACAACUACAGUACCUGGGGUCACAACAACAAGUGAAGAAACACCUGUUGUAACAUCGAAACCUUCUGUCUCAACCACAUCAACCAAAGGACCAACAACACAGGAAACUACAACCAAACAUGUUGAAACAACUACACUGGAAGAAACAACAGUCCAGGUCUCCACAACAAAACCACCUAAGGUAGUGACCUCUGGGCCUGUCACCACCUCUACCACAGUUGUUGUUGAAACUACAACUGCAGUACCUGGGGUCACAACAACAAGUGCAGAAACACCUGUUGUAACAUCGAAACCUUCUGUCUCAACCACAUCAACGAAAGGACCAACAACACAGGAAACUACAACCAAACAUGUUGAAACAACCACUUUGGAAAAAACAACAGUCCAGGUCUCCACAACACAACCACCCAAAGUAGUUACCACUGGGCCUGUCACAACCUCUACCACACCUGUGGUGGAAACUACAACUACAGUACCUGGGGUCACAACCACAAGUGCAGAAACACCUGUUGUAACAUCAAAACCUUCUGUCUCAACCACAUCAACCAAAGGACCAACAACACAGGAAACUACAACCAAACAUGUUGAAACAACCACUUUGGAAGAAACAACAGUCCAGGUCUCCACAACACAACCACCCAAAGUAGUUACCACUGGGCCUGUCACAACCUCUACCACAGUUGUUGUUGAAACUACAACUGCAGUACCUGGGGUCACAACAACAAGUGCAGAAACACCUGUUGUAACAUCGAAACCUUCUGUCUCAACCACAUCAACCAAAGGACCAACAACACAGGAAACUACAACCAAACAUGUUGAAACAACCACUUUGGAAGAAACAACAGUCCAGGUCUCCACAACAAAACCACCUAAAGUAGUGACCACUGGGCCUGUCACCACCUCUACCACAGUUGUUGUUGAAACUACAACUGCAGUACCUGGGGUCACAACAACAAGUGCAGAAACACCUGUUGUAACAUCGAAACCUUCUUUCUCAACCACAUCAACCAAAGGACCAACAACACAGGAAACUACAACCAAACAUGUUGAAACAACAACACUGGAAGAAACAACAGUCCAGGUCUCCACAACAAAACCACCCAAGGUAGUUACCACUGGGCCUGUCACAACCUCUACCACAGUUGUUGUUGAAACUACAACUACAGUACCUGGGGUCACAACAACAAGUGCAGAAACACCUGUUGUAACCUCAAAACCUUCAGUCUCAACCACAUCAACCAAAGGACCAACAACACAGGAAACUACAACCAAACAUGUUGAAACAUCUACACUGGAAGAAACAACAGUCCAGGUCUCCACAACAAAACCACCCAAGGUAGUGACCACUGGGCCUGUCACAACCUCUACCACAGCUGUUGUUGAAACUACAACUACAGUACCUGGGGUCACAACCACAAGUGCAGAAACACCUGUUGUAACAUCGAAACCUUCUGUCUCAACCACAUCAACCAAAGGACCAACAACACAGGAAACUACAACCAAACAUGUUGAAACAACCACUUUGGAAGAAACAACAGUCCAGGUCUCCACAACAAAACCACCUAAGGUAGUGACCACUGGGCCUGUCACCACCUCUACCACAGUUGUUGUUGAAACUACAACUGCAGUACCUGGGGUCACAACAACAAGUGCAGAAACACCUGUUGUAACAUCGAAACCUUCUGUCUCAACCACAUCAACCAAAGGACCAACAACACAGGAAACUACAACCAAACAUGUUGAAACAACUACACUGGAAGAAACAACAGUCCAGGUCUCCACAACAAAACCACCCAAGGUAGUUACCACUGGGCCUGUCACAACCUCUACCACACCUGUGGUGGAAACUACAACUACAGUACCUGGGGUCACAACCACAAGUGCAGAAACACCUGUUGUAACCUCAAAACCUUCUGUCUCAACCACAUCAACCAAAGGACCAACAACACAGGAAACUACAACCAAACAUGUUGAAACAACUACACUGGAAGAAACAACAGUCCAGGUCUCCACAACAAAACCACCUAAGGUAGUUACCACUGGGCCUUUCACAACCUCUACCACAGCUGUUGUUGAAACUACAACUACAGUACCUGGGGUCACAACAACAAGUGCAGAAACACCUGUUGUAACAUCGAAACCUUCUGUCUCAACCACAUCAACCAAAGGACCAACAACACAGGAAACUACAACCAAACAUGUUGAAACAACUACACUGGAAGAAACAACAGUCCAGGUCUCCACAACAAAACCACCUAAGGUAGUGACCACUGGGCCUGUCACCACCUCUACCACAGUUGUUGUUGAAACUACAACUGCAGUACCUGGGGUCACAACAACAAGUGCAGAAACACCUGUUGUAACAUCGAAACCUUCUGUCUCAACCACAUCAACCAAAGGACCAACAACACAGGAAACUACAACCAAACAUGUUGAAACAACCACUUUGGAAGAAACAACAGUCCAGGUCUCCACAACAAAACCACCUAAAGUAGUUACCACUGGGCCUGUCACAACCUCUACCACAGCUUUUGUUGAAACUACAACUACAGUACCUGGGGUCACAACAACAAGUGCAGAAACACCUGUCAUAACAUCGAAACCUUCUGUCUCAACCACAUCAACCAAAGGACCAACAACACAGGAAACUACAACCAAACAUGUUGAAACAACUACACUGGAAGAAACAACAGUCCAGGUCUCCACAACAAAACCACCCAAGGUAGUUACCACUGGGCCUUUCACAACCUCUACCACACCUGUGGUGGAAACUACAACUACAGUACCUGGGGUCACAACCACAAGUGCAGAAACACCUGUUGUAACAUCGAAACCUUCUGUCUCAACCACAUCAACCAAAGGACCAACAACACAGGAAACUACAACCAAACAUGUUGAAACAACUACACUGGAAGAAACAACAGUCCAGGUCUCCACAACAAAACCACCUAAGGUAGUGACCACUGGGCCUGUCACCACCUCUACCACAGUUGUUGUUGAAACUACAACUGCAGUACCUGGGGUCACAACAACAAGUGCAGAAACACCUUUUGUAACAUCGAAACCUUCUGUCUCAACCACAUCAACCAAAGGACCAACAACACAGGAAACUACAACCAAACAUGUUGAAACAACUACACUGGAAGAAACAACAGUCCAGGUCUCCACAACAAAACCACCUAAGGUAGUGACCACUGGGCCUUUCACAACCUCUACCACACCUGUGGUGGAAACUACAACUGCAGUACCUGGGGUCACAACCACAAGUGCAGAAACACCUGUUGUAACAUCGAAACCUUCUGUCUCAACCACAUCAACCAAAGGACCAACAACACAGGAAACUACAACCAAACAUGUUGAAACAACUACACUGGAAGAAACAACAGUCCAGGUCUCCACAACAAAACCACCUAAGGUAGUGACCACUGGGCCUGUCACCACCUCUACCACAGUUGUUGUUGAAACUACAACUGCAGUACCUGGGGUCACAACAACAAGUGCAGAAACACCUGUUGUAACAUCGAAACCUUCUGUCUCAACCACAUCAACCAAAGGACCAACAACACAGGAAACUACAACCAAACAUGUUGAAACAACUACACUGGAAGAAACAACAGUCCAGGUCUCCACAACAAAACCACCUAAGGUAGUUACCACUGGGCCUGUCACAACCUCUACCACAGCUGUUGUUGAAACUACAACUACAGUACCUGGGGUCACAACAACAAGUGCAGAAACCCCUGUUGUAACCUCAAAACCUUCAGUCUCAACCACAUCAACCAAAGGACCAACAACACAGGAAACUACAACCAAACAUGUUGAAACAUCUACACUGGAAGAAACAACAGUCCAGGUCUCCACAACAAAACCACCCAAGGUAGUUACCACUGGGCCUGUCACAACCUCUACCACAGCUGUUGUUGAAACUACAACUACAGUACCUGGGGUCACAACAACAAGUGCAGAAACACCUGUUGUAACAUCGAAACCUUCAGUCUCAACCACAUCAACCAAAGGACCAACAACACAGGAAACUACAACCAAACAUGUUGAAACAACUACACUGGAAGAAACAACAGUCCAGGUCUCCACAACAAAACCACCUAAGGUAGUGACCACUGGGCCUGUCACCACCUCUACCACAGUUGUUGUUGAAACUACAACUGCAGUACCUGGGGUCACAACAACAAGUGCAGAAACACCUGUUGUAACAUCGAAACCUUCUUUCUCAACCACAUCAACCAAAGGACCAACAACACAGGAAACUACAACCAAACAUGUUGAAACAACAACACUGGAAGAAACAACAGUCCAGGUCUCCACAACAAAACCACCCAAGGUAGUUACCACUGGGCCUGUCACAACCUCUACCACAGUUGUUGUUGAAACUACAACUACAGUACCUGGGGUCACAACAACAAGUGCAGAAACACCUGUCAUAACAUCGAAACCUUCUGUCUCAACCACAUCAACCAAAGGACCAACAACACAGGAAACUACAACCAAACAUGUUGAAACAACUACACUGGAAGAAACAACAGUCCAGGUCUCCACAACAAAACCACCUAAGGUAGUUACCACUGGGCCUGUCACAACCUCUACCACAGCUGUUGUUGAAACUACAACUACAGUACCUGGGGUCACAACAACAAGUGCAGAAACCCCUGUUGUAACCUCAAAACCUUCAGUCUCAACCACAUCAACCAAAGGACCAACAACACAGGAAACUACAACCAAACAUGUUGAAACAUCUACACUGGAAGAAACAACAGUCCAGGUCUCCACAACAAAACCACCCAAGGUAGUUACCACUGGGCCUGUCACAACCUCUACCACAGCUGUUGUUGAAACUACAACUACAGUACCUGGGGUCACAACAACAAGUGCAGAAACACCUGUUGUAACAUCGAAACCUUCUUUCUCAACCACAUCAACCAAAGGACCAACAACACAGGAAACUACAACCAAACAUGUUGAAACAACAACACUGGAAGAAACAACAGUCCAGGUCUCCACAACAAAACCACCUAAGGUAGUUACCACUGGGCCUGUCACAACCUCUACCACAGCUGUUGUUGAAACUACAACUACAGUACCUGGGGUCACAACAACAAGUGCAGAAACCCCUGUUGUAACCUCAAAACCUUCAGUCUCAACCACAUCAACCAAAGGACCAACAACACAGGAAACUACAACCAAACAUGUUGAAACAUCUACACUGGAAGAAACAACAGUCCAGGUCUCCACAACAAAACCACCCAAGGUAGUUACCACUGGGCCUGUCACAACCUCUACCACAGCUGUUGUUGAAACUACAACUACAGUACCUGGGGUCACAACAACAAGUGCAGAAACACCUGUUGUAACAUCGAAACCUUCUGUCUCAACCACAUCAACCAAAGGACCAACAACACAGGAAACUACAACCAAACAUGUUGAAACAACAACACUGGAAGAAACAACAGUCCAGGUCUCCACAACAAAACCACCCAAGGUAGUUACCACUGGGCCUGUCACAACCUCUACCACAGUUGUUGUUGAAACUACAACUACAGUACCUGGGGUCACAACAACAAGUGCAGAAACACCUGUUGUAACAUCGAAACCUUCUGUCUCAACCACAUCAACCAAAGGACCAACAACACAGGAAACUACAACCAAACAUGUUGAAACAACUACACUGGAAGAAACAACAGUCCAGGUCUCCACAACAAAACCACCUAAGGUAGUUACCACUGGGCCUGUCACAACCUCUACCACAGCUGUUGUUGAAACUACAACUACAGUACCUGGGGUCACAACAACAAGUGCAGAAACACCUGUUGUAACAUCGAAACCUUCUGUCUCAACCACAUCAACCAAAGGACCAACAACACAGGAAACUACAACCAAACAUGUUGAAACAACUACACUGGAAGAAACAACAGUCCAGGUCUCCACAACAAAACCACCUAAGGUAGUGACCACUGGGCCUGUCACCACCUCUACCACAGUUGUUGUUGAAACUACAACUGCAGUACCUGGGGUCACAACCACAAGUGCAGAAACACCUGUUGUAACCUCAAAACCUUCUGUCUCAACCACAUCAACCAAAGGACCAACAACACAGGAAACUACAACCAAACAUGUUGAAACAACCACUUUGGAAGAAACAACAGUCCAGGUCUCCACAACAAAACCACCUAAAGUAGUGACCACUGGGCCUGUCACCACCUCUACCACAGUUGUUGUUGAAACUACAACUGCAGUACCUGGGGUCACAACAACAAGUGCAGAAACACCUGUUGUAACAUCGAAACCUUCUGUCUCAACCACAUCAACCAAAGGACCAACAACACAGGAAACUACAACCAAACAUGUUGAAACAACAACACUGGAAGAAACAACAGUCCAGGUCUCCACAACAAAACCACCCAAGGUAGUUACCACUGGGCCUGUCACAACCUCUACCACAGUUGUUUUUGAAACUACAACUACAGUACCUGGGGUCACAACAACAAGUGCAGAAACACCUGUUGUAACCUCAAAACCUUCUGUCUCAACCACAUCAACCAAAGGACCAACAACACAGGAAACUACAACCAAACAUGUUGAAACAUCUACACUGGAAGAAACAACAGUCCAGGUCUCCACAACAAAACCACCCAAGGUAGUGACCACUGGGCCUGUCACAACCUCUACCACAGCUGUUUUUGAAACUACAACUACAGUACCUGGGGUCACAACAACAAGUGCAGAAACCCCUGUUGUAACCUCAAAACCUUCAGUCUCAACCACAUCAACCAAAGGACCAACAACACAGGAAACUACAACCAAACAUGUUGAAACAUCUACACUGGAAGAAACAACAGUCCAGGUCUCCACAACAAAACCACCCAAGGUAGUUACCACUGGGCCUGUCACAACCUCUACCACAGCUGUUGUUGAAACUACAACUACAGUACCUGGGGUCACAACAACAAGUGCAGAAACACCUGUUGUAACAUCGAAACCUUCUGUCUCAACCACAUCAACCAAAGGACCAACAACACAGGAAACUACAACCAAACAUGUUGAAACAACCACUUUGGAAGAAACAACAGUCCAGGUCUCCACAACAAAACCACCCAAGGUAGUGACCACUGGGCCUGUCACCACCUCUACCACAGUUGUUGUUGAAACUACAACUGCAGUACCUGGGGUCACAACAACAAGUGCAGAAACACCUGUUGUAACAUCGAAACCUUCUUUCUCAACCACAUCAACCAAAGGACCAACAACACAGGAAACUACAACCAAACAUGUUGAAACAACAACACUGGAAGAAACAACAGUCCAGGUCUCCACAACAAAACCACCCAAGGUAGUUACCACUGGGCCUGUCACAACCUCUACCACAGUUGUUGUUGAAACUACAACUACAGUACCUGGGGUCACAACAAGUGCAGAAACACCUGUUGUAACCUCAAAACCUUCAGUCUCAACCACAUCAACCAAAGGACCAACAACACAGGAAACUACAACCAAACAUGUUGAAACAUCUACACUGGAAGAAACAACAGUCCAGGUCUCCACAACAAAACCACCCAAGGUAGUGACCACUGGGCCUGUCACAACCUCUACCACAGUUGUUGUUGAAACUACAACUACAGUACCUGGGGUCACAACAACAAGUGCAGAAACACCUGUUGUAACAUCGAAACCUUCUGUCUCAACCACAUCAACCAAAGGACCAAUAACACAGGAAACUACAACCAAACAUGUUGAAACAACCACUUUGGAAGAAACAACAGUCCAGGUCUCCACAACAAAACCACCUAAGGUAGUGACCACUGGGCCUGUCACAACCUCUACCACAGCUGUUGUUGAAACUACAACUGAAGUACCUGGGGUCACAACAACAAGUGUAGAAACACCUGUUGUAACAUCGAAACCUUCUGUCUCAACCACAUCAACCAAAGGACCAACAACACAGGAAACUACAACCAAACAUUUUGAAACAACUACACUGGAAGAAACAACAGUCCAGGUCUCCACAACAAAACCACCCAAGGUAGUUACCACUGGGCCUGUCACAACCUCUACCACACCUGUGGUGGAAACUACAACUGCAGUACUUGGGGUCACAACAACAAGUGCAGAAACACCUGUUGUUGUUACAGAAACGCCACAGACGACAACAACUGUCAUUACAAGGCCUCAAAUCGUGAACACAACCACUAUAUUGACUUCAACCGAAUUACCACCCACAGCUACCACGUCUAUUGGUCCAAUAACACAGACACUUCCAGGUACCACUGGUUUUUACACAAGUAGCUUCUACACUACUGGAUCAACCAGGACCACAGUGGCUUCAACUUCUUCACUGCUCUCCACCACCACAACAAUAUGCAAAUGUGUUGUUAACGGAACCUCAUAUCUCCCUGGGGACCAGGUUUAUAAUGUCACUGAUGGCUUAGGGUGGUGUGUCUAUGCUUACUGCAACUUAUCUUGCAAAGUUGAGACACGCUUUGUCCCAUGUCCAACAACACCAAUACCCAGCACUACCCCCACAACCACUCCUACGUCUUUCUCAACGACCCCUUCUGCAAACACCCUUGACUGCACUCAUGUUUCUCCUCCAAGAAAGAAUGGAGAAUCCUGGAAGGUAAACAACUGCACCACAGCUACUUGUACCGAUGGUGUUGUCAUCGAGACCCCAACUCCAUGUCCCACAGUACAACAACCGAUCUGCGCUAAUGGGCGCCAAGCUGUAAAGGUCUAUGACGAUACAGGAUGCUGCUUCCAUUAUCAGUGUGAAUGUGUGUGCAAUGUUUGGGGUGGAUCCCACUACCUGACAUUUGAUGGAACGUCAUACGAUUUCAAUGAGAACUGCUCCUACUACCUGGUCAAAGAGAUUAUCACAAAACACCAUUUGACUAUUAUAGUAAAUAGAGACGCCUGUAAUCCUCUAAGCACUGUCCCUUGUCCCCUCAGUCUCAGAAUUGAGUAUAAGUCCUUUGUAAUAGUCCUGAAACAGCAGCAGGCCAAAGGACAAACAGCCAACGAGGUGUUUGUGAAUCAGAAACGAGUCUAUCCCGCCUACAGAAAUUCUGAUCUGCAGAUGACUAGUACCGAUAUGGUGAUAACGAUGGAGAUCCCAGGUAUCGACACCAUAGUGGUCUACAGAGGGACCUCAGUCAGCAUCGACCUGCCCUAUUCCAUGUUUGGAGGAAACACCGAAGGCCAGUGCGGAACCUGUGACAACUCCCACUCCAAUGACUGCCGUUCUCCUAACGGCCAGGUGGAACCCUGCUCAGAGUCUGCAGGUCAUUGGCAUGUCCCAGGGACACCCUGUGUUGUCCCGACAACACCACCACCGACCACCACAGCAUCCACCACUGUGGAAACCCCAACCACAGAACCUCCCUGUAAACCUGCCAUCUGUGACGUCCUAAGCAGCAGUGUAUUUGGAGCAUGCCACUCAACCAUCCCCCCCAGACCGUUUGUUCAGUCGUGUGUGUCAGAUGUUUGUAGCGGCGGUAAUAACACAUGCUCCAGUCUGGAGGCCUACGCCACUGAGUGUUCUAACGCCGGAAUCUGCAUCGACUGGAGGAACGCCACUGCCGGCCACUGUGAGCAUAAAUGUGAAGGAGAUAAAGUUUACAUGGCCUGUGGACCUGCUGUGGAACCCACAUGUAAUGACAGAUACAACCAGAAGUUCCAGAGUGACAGCGGAUCCUCCUCCAAUAAGACCAGAGAAGGAUGUUUCUGUCCCAGUGGAACCAUCCUAUUUAACACUGUGUACCACACAUGUGUGACCUCCUGUGAUUGUGUUGGACCUGAUGGAAAACCCAAACAGCCUGGAGACACAUGGACCAGUGGAUGUAACACCUGCGUCUGCGAUAAAGACUCCAUGAGCAUCCAGUGUGAGCCUUACCAGUGUCCAACAGCCAACACCAGCCUGAGCUGCACUGAACCUGGACAGCAGCUGGUCAACCAGACAGACGGCUGCUGCUCACACCAGUCAUGUGAAUGUAACGUCAGCCGGUGCCCUGCGGUGGUCACAUGUCCAGUGGGUUUUCAACUCAAGGCCACUGAAGGAAUCUGCUGCCAGAUCUACCAGUGUGUUCCUAAAGAUGUUUGUGUCUAUAACAUGGUUGAAUACCAGCCCGGAGAAAGGAUCUCAGUUCCAGUAACACCAUCAGAACCACCGUUAGAAGCACCAUCAGUAACACAAGGAUCACCACUGUCCACCACCAACGGAACUUCACUGGACCCAUGUCAGGAGUGUUUCUGUAGCCUGAAGAAGAACCCGAUCACCCACACUCACAUCAUCACCUGCAAACCCAUAGAAUGUGACAAGAACUGCACGGAGGGGUAUGAAUAUGAGCCUGAACCUGGGAAGUGCUGUGGCAGGUGUGUUCCGAAGGACUGUAUCGUCACCGUUGAUGGUUCCACUGUCAUCAUUAAGGUUAACAACACCUUUGUGCCUCCUAACGACAAGUGUGCGAUUUACACUUGUGAGAUGAUUGAGGGUCGGCCUGUUACCAAGGAGACGGAGACAUCGUGUCCACCCUUCGACCCGUCAGACUGUGAACCUGGCACCGAGACCACUGACGCCAACGGCUGUUGCAGACACUGUCAGAAGCUCAGUGUCUGUGACGUCCAGUCCAGUGUGUCUGUCCUGGAGGUGGAUGGAUGUCGGAGCUCUCAGCCCAUCAACAUGACCUUCUGCUCUGGAACCUGUGGAAGCUCCUCCAUGUACUCAGCAUCAUCCAACAUGAUGAUGCACAGCUGUGGUUGUUGUCAGGAGGUCCGGACCCGUCAGAUGGAGGCGGUUCUGAUCUGCGCUGAUGGUUCCACGGUCCAACACUCGUACACAGUGGUGGAGACGUGUCAGUGCAGUCAGAGCGACUGUACACCGGCGUCCAAACAACGACGCAGGAGACGCUGAAUCCGUCCAACAGGCUGUCCAAACCUCUAUCCUCUGUCCUCCUCAUAUUUAUAAGCUCAGAUCAGCUCCUCAUGUCACAGCUGAUGUGAUGAGAACUUUCCUUCUGUCAUUAUUAAAGUGAUCCGUCUGCAACAA